GUCAUUUUUCUGUUCUGCAGUUCCCCUCCCGUCAGUCUUUUUAACAACACAAAACAAAAAUUAAAAUGUUGUAAUAUGACUCAAUAGAUUCGGUGAAUUGCAAAACAAUGUGCUCUUGAGACUUUCUAAUCCGAUGCAUUAGUCAAUUAGCGACGAUGUCGGUGGUUUUGUGAUACAGUUCCGUGUGUUUUGGAAUGGCGACUCGCAGAGAUGUUCUGAAGGCUUCUAUGGAUCCUUUACCUAGUGCCAGCGAUCCUCUCAGGGAGCUUUUCGAAGCCUGCAAGGUGGGAGAUAUCGCCAGGGUGCGAAAACUGAUCACACCCACGACUGUGAAUGCCAGGGACACUGCUGGAAGGAAGAGUACUCCCUUGCACUUUGCUGCUGGUUAUGGCAGGAGGGAUGUUGUAGAGUUCUUGCUGUCUGCGGGAGCUUCCAUUCAAGCACGGGACGAUGGAGGCUUACAUCCAUUACACAAUGCGUGUUCAUUUGGACAUGCCGAUGUGGUGAGGUUAUUACUGGAAGCUGGCGCCAAUCCCAAUACAAGAGACAACUGGAAUUACACGCCCUUGCACGAAGCGGCUAUUAAAGGAAAAAUAGAUGUUUGCAUAGCCCUCCUGCAGCAUGGAGCAGAUGUAAACAUCCGCAACACCGAAGGAAAAACCCCCUUGGAAGUCGCCGAUGUCUCUACUCGACCCGUGCUGACGGGAGAAUACCGUAAAGAUGAAUUACUAGAGGCGGCACGUUCCGGUGCGGAGGACAGGCUUUUGGCACUGCUCAAUCCGUUAAACGUAAAUUGUCACGCCAGCGACGGACGCAGGUCGACUCCCUUACACCUGGCGGCGGGAUAUAACCGCAACCGCGUCGUGCAGCUCCUGUUACAGCACGGCGCUGACGUUCACGCUAAAGACAAAGGUGGUUUGGUCCCCUUGCACAACGCUUGCUCUUACGGCCACUUCGAGGUGACGGAAAUGCUGAUUAAGCAUGGCGCUAACGUAAAUGCUAACGACUUGUGGGCUUUCACGCCUCUACACGAAGCCGCCUCGAAAUCCAGAUUGGAGGUCUGUUCGCUGUUGCUCAGUGAAGGGGCGGAUCCCUACCAGUUAAACUGCCACUCGAAAUCCGCAAUCGACGUCGCGCCCACGCGAGACCUGCAAGAAAGGCUAGCUUACGAGUACAAGGGCCACCUGCUGCUAGAGGCGGCCCGCCAGGCCGACACGGCCAAGAUAAAAAAGUACCUCACCCCGGAAAUCAUAAACUUUAAGCACCCCUACACGGGUGACACGGCCCUGCACGCCGCCGUCAUUUCCCUCUACCCGAAGAGGAAGCAGGUAAUCGAGACGUUGAUCCGAAAAGGCGCUCAUCUCAACGAAAAGAACAAAGACUUUCUCACCCCGCUUCAUAUUGCCUCGGACAACUCAAACUACGAUCUCAUGGACGUGCUGUUGAGGCACGGGGCCAAGGUGAACGCCCUGGACGGAUUGGGACAGACCGCCCUCCACAGGUGCGCCAGAGAGGAUAACGUUCAGGCUUGCAGGAUACUGAUGAGUUACAACGUCGAUUUGAGCAUCGUUUCGCUGCAGGGCUAUACGGCCGCUCAGGUGGCUUCGGAGAACGUGCUGAAGAUAUUGCAAGAUCCUCCGACCGGUACUGCCGACGUAGAGUGCCAAAUUCUGGAGGCCGCCAAAUCGGGAGAUUUGGACCAAGUACAAAGACUGUUGGGAUCGUUUCCCCACAUAGUCAACUGUCGCGACUUAGACGGGAGACAUUCGACCCCUCUACAUUUCGCUUCUGGCUAUAACAGGGUAUCGGUGGUAGAAUUUCUCUUACAGCAGGGUGCCGACGUUCACGCUAAAGAUAAAGGGGGUUUGGUGCCGUUACAUAACGCCUGUUCCUACGGACACUACGAAGUGACUGAACUUCUAGUAAAGCAUGGCGCGAGUGUGAACGUCGCCGACCUGUGGAAGUUUACGCCGCUACACGAAGCUGCCGCUAAAGGAAAGUACGAAAUCGUAAAGUUAUUACUUAAGCACGGAGCGGACCCCAGCAAGAAGAACCGUGACGGCGCCACUCCCUUGGAUUUGGUACGCGAAGGCGACCAGGACGUGGCCGACCUCCUUAGGGGUAACGCCGCCUUGUUGGACGCGGCCAAGAAGGGCAACCUUGCGAGAGUUCAGAGACUUGUCACUCCCGAGAACAUCAACUGUCGCGACGCGCAGGGUAGAAACUCGACACCUUUACACUUGGCGGCUGGUUACAACAACGUUGAGGUAGCAGAAUUUCUACUCGAACAUGGCGCCGACGUUAACGCCCAGGACAAGGGCGGACUUAUACCCCUCCACAACGCCUCUAGUUACGGCCACCUCGAUAUAGCAGCUCUCCUGAUCAAGUACAAUACUGUUGUAAACGCUACUGAUAAAUGGGGCUUUACGCCCCUCCACGAAGCCGCCCAGAAGGGAAGGACGCAGCUUUGUGCUUUGCUGCUCGCCCACGGGGCGGACCCCUUCCUGAAGAACCAGGAGGGCCAGGCCCCGGUAGACUUGGCCUCCGCCGACGACGUCCGCUGCCUACUGCAAGACGCCAUGGCCUCCCAACAGGGCGUCGCCACGACCUCCGCGCCACCCUCCCGCGCCCCGUCUAUCGCCCUCUCUCACACACCGAGUCCCCCCUUGCCCUCUACCGUCAACGCAGAGACCGUGAUCAUGCCCUCGGGGGCCGCGGUUCAGCUGUUGGUACCUGUCGGUAGUAGGAACAGCGUAUCCAUGGGCGCUGCCGAGGGAUGCUGCUCCACGACGAAGAUGGAGAGCAGCGAGAGCGAAGUGGGCGGGAUUUGUUCGGUUGCUAAUUUCCUCGCCAGCUUGAAUCUGGAGCACUUGUUGGACAUCUUCGAGAGGGAGCAGAUCACCCUCGAUAUAUUGGCGGAGAUGUCGCACGAGGACCUGAAGCAGAUCGGCAUAUCGGCGUACGGGUUCCGUCACAAGCUUAUAAAAGGUAUGGAACGUCUGAUGGCCAGUUGCAGUGGUCUGUGGUCCACCCCUUCUAACCCCGGUACUUUACUCGUCGAUCUUUUGUCCGACGAUAAAGAAUUUAUUACCGUCGAAGAGGAGAUGCAGAACGGUAUAAGGGAGCACAGAGAUAACGGUCACGCCGGUGGUGUAUUUUCACGAUACAAUAUUGUCCGGAUUCAAAAAGUGCAGAAUCGGAAGCUCUGGGAGCGUUACACGCACCGCAGGCAGGAGGUGGGCGAGGAGAACGGCAACCAGUCGUGUGAAAGGAUGCUGUUUCACGGCUCGCCUUUCAUCAACGCCAUCGUGCAGAAGGGUUUCGACGAGAGGCACGCUUAUAUCGGCGGUAUGUUUGGCGCCGGUAUUUAUUUCGCCGAACACUCUUCCAAGAGCAAUCAGUACGUAUAUGGAAUCGGGGGAGGUACCGGGUGUCCCACGCAUAAGGAUCGCAGCUGCUACACUUGCCACAGGCACUUGCUCCUCUGCCGCGUGACGCUCGGCAAGUCGUUCCUGCAGUUCAGCGCAAUGAAGAUGGCGCACGCUCCCCCGGGCCACCACUCGGUGGCCGGUCGUCCGUCGGCGGGCGGCCUGAACUUCCCGGAGUACGUCGUGUACCGGGGAGAGCAGGCCUACCCCGAAUACUUCAUAACGUACCAGAUCGUCAAGCCCGAAGACCGUUCCAGUGGGGCAGACUCGGACGUCAGGUGAUUCCAAGAGCAGUGGUUGAUGCUGCAGCCGACUAGGUCGUACAAGGACUACCUGUGCAGCCUGCUGUGCCACGCUUUGCGCUGCUUAGUGCCGGCGAGGAAAAAGUGCAGUUGCCAAGAGCAGAGGAACUGAUCUUAGUCGUUUCGGUAAUCGAUUUGAAUCGGAGACGGCGGAUGGGGUUUUUGACUAGUGGCGUUUUAAGGUAUUUUUUAAUUCUCUCCACACAAAGUUUUUAAAUGGAAAUGAAUUUUAAUUUCAGAUAUUUGGACGUUUUUUUUUAUUUAUUGUGAAAUUAUAAAAUAUAGGCUCGAUUUUUUCAGUUUUACGUACCGCGAAACGGGGCGAUAUUGUGACAUUGCAGAAUACUAACCUUUUAAAAUAUAAAGCUUUGACUAUCUGGGCUCCACUUCAUCAGUUAACAUGUUUGAGUUAGUGUUUUAGAUGUUACGUUUUUAUUUGGAAACGAAUUUGUGAAACUGCCAUUCGGUUUUCAUGAUGCUCAAACGAUAAAGAAAAUGUAUAGUGUAGAAACUUUUGAAAAUAAAUAUUGGUAUAAUUGAGGUUCGUUAAAAGUAAAAUUUGCAUUUCCAUUUGUUUUUUUUUAUAUUUGUAAACGUAAAGUUUAAAACUCCAUCCGCAGUUAUAAAAUGCCCCACAUUAAAGGAAUUGCAAGUAUUUUUUAAAAUUGGGAGUGGCGUAUUGUAAAAAAACUUUAGAUAUUUCCUUUAUUGCAAUAAGUAUUUUAUAUAUAUAUGAAUUAUUUCUUGUUUUACUGAUUAUUAGUAAAGUAAAAUAAUUUCAAACUAUUGUAUGUGGGAACGCAAAUGGCUCUAUCUGUUGUGCCGACUCCCAAGUGUGCCAUUCAAAUGGCUACAGUAGGAACCGACCUGCUAUAUUGCAGGUACUUGUUGCACGACUGCCACCC